CCCCAGAUUCACUCAAGUUGUCAUCUUUAUUUUUUUCUUCUGUUUGUAGAAUUUUCGGGAAGCAGCAUUCAAACAGUAGCUGUAGAAUUGUAGAUUCGAUCCAAACUUUAUUUAGAUUUGGGGGUUUUUCUCCCAAUAUAUUUGUAGAAAAUUAGAAGAAAAAAGAACAAAGUUAGACCCUUUCUGAUUUUUUUUUUUUCGUGUCGGAAUCUUGUUAGAGUGUUGAGUUCUUGUAAGUGUUUGGUUUUGUUUCCACUGUUAAAUAUUAUGGAUAAGAAGAAGGCUGCUGUUCCACUUGUUUGCCAUGGCCAUUCCAGACCUGUUGUUGAUUUGUUCUAUAGUCCAAUCACGCCUGAUGGGUUCUUCCUCAUCAGUGCUAGUAAAGAUUCGCAUCCAAUGUUGAGAAAUGGGGAGACUGCAGAUUGGAUUGGUACAUUCGAAGGUCAUAAAGGUGCAGUGUGGAGUUCUUGCCUUGAUAACAAUGCGUUACGUGCUGCAUCUGCAUCAGCAGACUUCUCAGCGAAACUCUGGGAUGCGUUAACAGGGGAUGUGCUUCAUUCUUUUGAGCACAAGCAUAUCGUUCGAGCAUGUGCUUUCUCAGAGGAUACAAAACGGUUGCUCACAGGAGGGUUUGAGAAGAUUCUCCGUGUUUUUGACCUGAACCGGUUGGAUGCACCUCCUACGGAAGUGGAUAAGUCUCCUGGUUCUGUCAGAACUCUCACAUGGCUUCACAGUGAUCAAACCAUACUAAGUUCUUGCACUGAUAUUGGUGGUGUAAGGCUAUGGGAUGUGAGAAGUGGGAAGAUUAUGCAGACAUUAGAGACUAAGUCUCCUGUCACCAGUGCUGAAGUGAGCCAAGAUGGGCGAUACAUUACUACUGCUGAUGGGUCAACCGUUAAGUUCUGGGACGCUAACCAUUUUGGACUGGUGAAGAGUUAUGAGAUGCCAUGCAACAUUGAGUCUGCGUCGUUGGAGCCAAAAUCUGGUGAGAAGUUUGUUGCUGGUGGUGAGGAUAUGUGGGUCCGUGUGUUUGAUUUCUACACUGGCGAGGAGAUUGGGUGCAACAAGGGACAUCAUGGUCCAGUACACUGCGUGAGGUUUUCACCAACGGGUGAGUCCUACGCCUCGGGGUCUGAAGACGGAACAAUCAGGAUCUGGCAGACAGCACCAAAUCAUGAAGAGAACGAGAAGAGAGUGAAGCAUGGUGUGGAUGAAGUUGCUAAGAAGAUUGAAGGCUUUCACAUCAACAACAAAGAAGCAAAAAACUCAGAGAGACCAUCCUCUGAUGCUUAGGUAAAUCAAUAUGCAGAGAAAAGAAAAAUUGGUUACAUUUAUUAUCUUUCUUUGUAUGGGGUAUUUUUCGUUGUUAUAUAGGACAUGUUUGCAAUUUAAUAUAUUAACUAG